GAGCUCAGACUCCGAGAGGAAAGGACAGAGGACAGAUAGGGAGCUGAGCUCACUGACAGACGUUCAAGAGAGGGCAGAAAGACGAGAGGUUCAGGCUCAGUUACACUCUCAAGUAACUUCAAACCAGCUCCUACAAAACAAGACAAACAAAGAGAGAAGAGAAGAAAGGAAGAAAGUCUGGAUUGUGUGACUUUUUUGUGGCCCGUCUUCUGUGGAUUUCUCUGGACACUUCAUGAAAAGCUGUGUUAAUUCUUUUUUGAGAUUCUUUUUUUAUUUAUUGAUUUUAAACCGUUUGACAUCGUUGAUCCAAAACUCCUCUGUCUCCCUGGACUGGAGAAGACAAAUGGUUUGGGACACGUGUGUGCGGUAGUUUUUAGCAUGGUAUAUGAAUGAACAGAUAACGAGUGCGCUUUUUUAAAGAUAUGAGCGUUUAUGUGUGUAUUAAACAUUAGGAGGGGGUCUGAAAUGAGUGAGUGAGCAACAAGGAGCAAAGAGCAGCUGCCUUGUGAGGAGAGGGAGGAGGCGGCGAAAGAUCUUUGAGGCGAGACCCCAGUUGUUCCCAUUGCGAGGUGAUCUGAGUUAUGGAUGUUGAUGCAUUCCUGUGGUGCUACUGAGGAAUAAACAGCACAGGGGAAUACAGCUCUACAGGCUUCACCAACACCGUCAUCAUCCAGAUUACAGAUUACAGCAGAUCUGCUACCUGGAGUCCUGCUUCAAUCACAUCUACCGCUGUCUGUCUACACCACCCCCUCCACAAGCCAUUCAUCAGGUUUUAACACCUACAGUCCCAGUGAGGUUGUGGGUCUGCACAGAGGAGGUUUAGUUGGUCAGUCAGGGGGGGUUUCUCCCACUCUCAUUCCCUCUCCCUGCACCCAGCUCAGCAUGCCCCAGCCCCUGAGCACCUCCACAGCUCUCCCAGCUCCACUACCAUGUGUAGAUGGACAGUGACACAAGGUGCAUCGGUCGCCUGGUUCUCCUCCUGCCCCUGCUGCAGACCUCCUUCACUCCUCCUCUCCCUCACUUUCCUCAUCCUGCUUCUCCUGCUCGGACCGUCCUCAUCCAUACCUUUAUCGUUGGACUCUGAACAGAACCACAAUGCACCAGGAGGAACCGCUCCUCGCUUUUUCAUCUCACACCCGCCACCUUCCUCCUCACCUGCCCCGCUGCACGCAUCCUCAGCAAGGUUGCCACUGGCGACCAACAUGUCAUCGUCGUCCGCCACGGUCAUCGGGCGGCACGUGCGGAGCAGCUACAACCACCUACAUGGAGACGUGCGCAGUAGGAAACUGUUCUCCUACCAGAAAUUCUUCCUUCGCAUUGACAAGAAAGGAAAAGUUAAUGGUACCAAAAGCGAAGACGAUCCAUACAGUAUUUUGGAGAUCAGGUCAGUGGAUGUGGGGGUGGUGGCCAUCAGGGGCCUCAGCAGUAACUACUACCUGGCAAUCAGCAAGAAGGGGGAGCUAUACGGAGCGAGGGACUACGGUCCGGACUGUCGGCUGAUUGAACGCAUCGAGGAGAACAAGUACAACACCUACGCUUCAGCCGAAUGGCGUAACAAAAAGAAGCAUAUGUUUGUGGGACUCAAUGCCAAUGGCAAGCCAAUGAGGGGGAAGAAGACACGGAGGAAAAACACAGCCAGUCACUUCCUGCCCAUUGUGGUACAACCACGAUGAUUGGAGAAAUCAGCCAUGGUGGAGCUCUGCAAACGGCAGAGCAUCGGACACUUUGGGAGUUACAGUGAUGGCUACAUUGGACAGAUCUGAACAAAGUCUGAAUGAUGCACUGAGAUGGAAAAGAGUGGAAACCUAUAGACAUUUCUCUCUGUUGGACAAAGACAUUUCUAUUUUUAGAGAAAGAAAUAAGAUAUAUUGGUAUACAAUGUAUAUUUUAUUUUCUGUUUUAAGUUAUAAAGUACAUGAAUUGGCAUGGUAGAGAAUAUGAAAAGAAAUGACUUCUGUGCCAAACUAUGAUUAGCAGCAGAAAUGAAGUGACCAAAGUAAGAGCGGACGAGAAAGGUUGAAGCGAGGGGAAUUACUGAUCCAAAGCUGACUGCAAAAGAGGACGGAGAAGUAGAACGAGACGAGCAAGAAUGAAAGGAAAAUCAAAGGAGUUUAGUUAAGAAAGCAGCAAAACAACAGCAAGUCUAACACUAUCAUAUUUUUCUUUAAAUUUAUUUAUUUUGUGUAAUAUUUAACAAAAAAGAACAAAAACACAAAAGGACAAGUUCUUGUCUUUUUUUACCAUUUAUGCUUCUCUUUUUAAAUACUAAUCAUUUAAACCUUAAAUAAAUAUAAAAAUAUAUUUGU